UUCACACCUGAGUUGAAUAAUCAACUAAUGAAGAGCAACACUCACACAAGACACUGCAGGAUCUAUACAUAUCAGGAAAGCUCAGUCAUCAACUUAAAUGGAUAUUCACCAGCAAAAUAGGCCGCGCCUGGAGCCCAUCCAGGAAGAGUCAGAACAGGAAGAUGAAACUGAAGGAAGUAGAACAGGAGAAGACAAGGGGGAGGAGGAGGAUUCUCAAGUUCAAGUAGGCAUGGAGACAGAAGAUGAGAGCGAAGAAGAUGAGGAUGAUGAUGCACCGCUGAGGGCCCUGAGACCGAGGCGACUGUCUCGUUCUUUAAGCCAUGAGAGUUUUCCUCAAAUGCAAUCUACCAACAAUAACCCAGAAGAAAUGGAGAACAUCUCUGUGUCAGAUCUGAGCACAUUUGCAAUGGUUCUGAGUGAUGAAGCUACCCCACCUGGGAAGCCGAGGUUAGAAUUUAAGAAGAGGUCCAGUAGCGGGGAGCUGAGAAUAAAGGUCUCCAAAAUCAGACGGCAAAACCACAAACCACCACCUCAACAGUCAGUGCAGAAGAAGACAAAAAACAGCAAAAGAAACAAGAAGCUGUCUCAGGUUGAUGAGCCUUUUCCUGAGUGGCUGGUGGAACUGAUGGUCAACAUUGAAGAGGCAACAACACACCAGCUGGUGGUCGAGUAACACUCGUCACAAACCUCACAUGGUGAACUUGUUGGUCAUUGCACACCAGGCAAUGACCUAGUUGAUGAAUAGUGAAUGUAAAACAAACUUACAUGCCAUAUUAAGGGUUGGCACUGCCAGAGACUGAAGUCCAUGUGCAAUGUGAAAGUUUCCUUUUCGUCAUUAUCACGGAAUAAACAAAAAGAAUGAGUUCAUCAGGGUGCACUCAGAAAAAAAUGUACAGAACAAUGUGCAUGUUUGUUGUAAUU